CUUUGCUCGCCUCCAUUUCUGAAAACUCCAGUCUGCCCUUUUCUCCUCCAUCAAAAAAGAGUAAACCCGACAAUGCCGCCCAAGUUUGACCCUACACAAGUCGUGGAUGUCUUCGUCCGCGUCACCGGCGGCGAAGUCGGGGCUGCCAGUUCUCUCGCCCCGAAGAUCGGUCCACUCGGUCUCUCUCCCAAAAAGAUCGGUGAAGAUAUCGCCAAAGAAACUGCCAAGGACUGGAAGGGUCUCCGUGUAACCGUCAAGCUCACCGUUCAGAACCGCCAGGCAAAAGUAACGGUCGUCCCAUCAGCCGCCGCUCUGGUAAUCAAGGCCUUGAAGGAGCCCGAGAGGGAUAGGAAGAAGACCAAGAACAUCAAGCAUAACGGGAAUAUCAGCCUUGAUGACGUCAUCGAGAUCGCUAAAGUAAUGAGGCCGAGGUCGAUGGCUAAGGAUUUGCGAGGGACGGUGAAGGAGAUUCUGGGCACGUGCGUCUCUGUUGGGUGCACUGUUGAUGGCAAAGAUCCAAAGGAUUUGCAGCAGGAAAUCGAUGAUGGAGAUGUUGACGUUCCUUUCGAGUGAGAAUGCUGGUUUCUUUUCUUAUUACUAAUACUAUUCUCCCAUUUCCCCUUUUUAGUUUUGUUUAAUUUUAAGGUUUUGGACAAUUUGCGGAUAUUUACCAGUUGGAGGUUGAAUUGAGAUCAAUUUAGACUAUUUUAACUA